AAUCCAAAAUUAAUUGAAAUUCCCGCCAGAGUCGCAUCGAAUUUUGGCUUCUCCUUUACCGACCCGAGUAGAAAGAAGAGGGUAACGAAGAGACAGACAUCUGCCACAUAUUCCCAAAAUAAAGAGAUAUUCGCCCCAAAUCAUACGAGGGUAUGGAAAACGUGGUUGCAACUGUGAGUGGUUAUCACGGCUCGGAGAGGUUCAAGCUCAUCAAGCUUAUCUCCCUUUCUGGUGCUAGUUAUGUCGGCGCUAUGUCAAGAUCCAUUACCCAUUUGGUGUGUUGGAAAUUUGAGGGCAAAAAGUACCAUCUGGCUAACAAGUUCAAUACAAUAGUGGUCAAUCAUCAAUGGGUGGAAGCUUGCAUAAGGGAAGGCAGACGAGUUUCCGAGGCUCCUUAUUCCUUUGAAAGUGGGGAAGAGGUUGGACCGUUGAUGGUUGAACUUCCUGCGGAUUCUGGGGAAGCUAAAGUCACUAACAAGGCCAAUAAGCAUGCUGAUACUUUUGAUAAAUACUUUGCUAAUGGUGAAGAAAGCAGGAGGAGCCGCCGCACUUCUGAGCUUUCCACUUGGAUGGACUCUUUCUUGUUAAAGGAGAAAAAUACAGAAUCAACCAGACAGUCAGUGAGAUUGAGAACAAAGAGGCCAAGUAAUAUUUUUGAAGACAAGGAAAACACUGGCGUGGCGGAAUCUUCACGGAAAGGAAAGAGGCGGUUAGUAAAGCCACGCUCCUCCAGAAACCUUAUCGACCUUGAUUCUGAUGGGGAGUCUGAUAGUCACUGUCAUGAAUAUUCUGAUGAGCAACGAAGAAAGUCUCCGGUUAAUGAUGAAAAUGUGGAGGACUGUGUUUUAGAACAAGGAGAAACAUCAGCUCGUGGGCAUCCUCGAGACUAUGCAACACAAGACUGGGCUGCAGAUGAAAUAGAGGAGUCUGAGAAUUGGAAUCAUUCAGCUGUAUUUAAACGCCCGAGAUCAGUAAAUCCGGAGAAAAAAACGCAAGAUGAUGAAUCAAACUUCAGCAAACUCGAUUCAAGAGAAGAAGAGAAGGACGCAACUAAGAUGGUCUCGCAGGUUUCUUGUGUCAUAUGCUGGACGGGGUUCAGUUCCACUAGAGGCAUUCUCCCAUGUGGCCACAGGUUUUGUUAUUCCUGCAUCCAGCAAUGGGUAGACCGUUUGGUUUCGGAAAGAAAGAAGACAACAUGUCCAUUGUGCAAGUUCAAUUUCGUAACUAUCACAAAGAUAGAAGACGCAGGAUCUUCUGAUCAAAAGAUAUAUUCACAAACAGUCCCUGACCCAUCUUCAACAAACAACUCUCUUGUAGUACUCCCUGAAGAAGGAGAAGAAAGACAAGGUUUCAAUCCACUGUCUCGAGCUUCAGCUUGUGGCAGAUGCAGCCUCAGUGAGCCAGAGGAUCUUCUCAUAAGAUGUCACAUCUGCAAUUUCCGGCGGAUCCAUACUUAUUGUUUAGACCCUUAUCUGGUUCCUUGGACCUGCAACCAUUGCAAUGAUCUUCAGAUGCUUUACCAUCGUCGUGGCUACUAAAAAAGUGACAUCAUUAAAGAUUAUCCCAUUUAUUUAUGGUUUUGUCAUAUGAAUGUAGGAACGUCAUAAAAAAAACUAGUUUGUGCUAGUUUGUUUUGUUAUUGUUUACAUGAAACGAACUCAGCUGAAAAAAUGUUCUUCACAAACAAAAAGGAUUUUCAGAAGCUGUUUAAAGUUUUUACC